AUGUCAACUUUGGAAUACUGUAAAGCAUUCGCAACAAGUUGGAGAUCUUCCUGGAAAAACGUGCACAACUGUAAACUCUGUGCAUACUUUACACCUUCGCUUUUCCUUAUGAUCAACCAUGUGAGGCGACACCGUUCAUCCCUGGAAGAAUUUACUUGCGGAAACGCCGAACUUGAAGUGUUUUAUUGUAAAGACUGCGAUUUUAAAACAGAACUAACGAUUCUGUUCAAACAACACAUCGAAAAAUUUCACGGUAUUAAAAGAGAACCUGGAGAAGAUUUACCUAGUGAGAACUUCCGAUUACAAAAAUAUGUUUGCGAAAAAUGUGAUUUCGAAACAAAUCUCUUAUUGAAGUGGAUCCAACAUACUUCAGCAUGCACAGGAAAGAAAGAAAAUCUCCCAAGUGUGAGUCUUUCGAAAGCAAGGGUCACAGUGUAUCGUCCAUAUGUAACCAGAUCAAAAACACCUUUAGGAAUCAACAUAAAUCCUAUCCAUCUAAAUGUUGAAAACAGUGAAUUGUACAAGUGCGAAAAGUGCACUUUCAAGACUAGGGUUAAAUACGGUUUACAGAUACACAAAAACUUCGUACACUUGAACGAAGAAAACGUUAAAUGGUACGAAUGCGGAGAUUGUCCAUAUAAAAGUAAACGUUCGUCGUCUGUAAAACGUCAUGUACGUUGCAUACAUCUGGAUGAAGAUAAAGUCAAGUGGUAUGAAUGCAAAGAGUGUCCGUUCAGAACUAAAUAUAAGCCAUCGUUAACGAAACACUCAAAAAGGGGUCAUUUAAAAAAAACAGUAAGUUAUGAAUGUCCGAGGUGUUCAUACAAAGGCAAAACGAAACAAAAUUUAAAACGACAUUUAGUGGUCCAUUUGGAAAUUAGAUCGUAUCAGUGCGAUUAUUGUCCAUACAAGGCGAAACGCAGUGAGUGUUUAAAGGUUCACCUAAAUAAUCGUCAUUUGAGUGGAACGGACGUUAAAUGGUACAAAUGCGAGCAGUGUUCUUUCUUACCCGUCGGUUUGACAUUUGUGUUGUCAGUGUGCAGCAGGGGUACAGUUAAGUUGGUAACGUGGUUCAAGAAAUUGCAACCCAUUUGUCCGGUGAAGGAAGAGGCGAAGUUGUUAAGUACUUUUUAA